AUGGGUUCCUCAGAACCAAAAUCCAAGACUAGUUGCUGCAGAACUUGCAUAUUGGUAACUCUAAUUUCUUGGAUACUUGUUGCUCUUAUUCUUUUGGUAUUAGCUUUUACAGUCUUUAAACCACAGAACCCAAUUGUAAAUCUCUACCCAAUUGGUCUUAAAGAUAUGCAAUUUUUCGACCCGAAUGUAAAAAGUGUACCAAUGCACAUGAUAAUCUCAAUUAAGAAUCCAAAUUAUGGAGAUUUCAAGACCAAAAAUGCUACCGGUUAUAUUCAUUAUAAACACACUCUUCUAGCCAAAGUACCUAUUGGACCGAAGUUCCUCCCUGCGCGUACGACGACUAAUGUGAGCGCGACUGCUGGUCUUAUGAGUGGACAAUUGUUAUCUAAUGAUGCUUUUUUGAAAGACAUUGAAGAUGAGAUUUUCAAUAUGACAGCAUCGACAACACUUAACGGGAAAGUGUAUUUGAUUCGUAUUUUUAAGCUUAAGGCUAUGGUUGAUAUCGCUUGUGAAAUCAAGCUUAAUAUAACUUCCAUGGAUACUGAUUCCUUAUGCAUUACUAAUAUGAAGGUGUGA